AUGACAGACAAUUGGGACGACAGUGAUGACGAAUGGGACGUCGAUGACGACGCUCUGGACGCCAAGUUGGGAAUUGCCAAGCCAGCCGAGAACAACUUUGAUGACGAAGAAGAUCUCGCAUUGAAAGAAAAGCAAGCAGAAGAAAAUGCCAGCAAGGAUGUUCUCAAAAAGAAGGGAUCCGCCUUGGCCGCCCGAAAAAAGGAAGAAGAAGAACGAAAAUUGGAAAUUGAAGUGGCGCGCAAAGAGUUGGAAUAUCAAGCAGAAAUGGAGGCGAAAAUGACACCAGAUGAACUUCGUGCAAUGGAACGAAGACGGGUCGAAGAGGCUGACCAUGCUUUGACUGAUGAUUUGUUUGGUGCUGUGGAAAAGAUGACAUUGGAUAACAAGGCGGGAGACAAAAGUGGAGGGGAUAAGCUUGUUCUUAAGGACAUGAAGGACCACAUGAAGCACGCUCGCAAGGUUGCAACAUGCAUGAAGGAUCACGGAAAGGUGCAUCUGGCAGGUAUUUUCUUGAAGGAAGUCAUUCAACAAAGUAAGGAUGUCUUGGAUGACAAUACGAUUAGUGAUAUUAUCAAGGCAUGCAAUGUGAUCAAAAACGAAAAGGUCCAACAGGCAAAGAAGAAGGUCAAGGGACAGGCUCAAAAGUCCAAGAAGCAAGAUAAGGUAGAAAAACAAAAGGCCAAGAAGUUGCACGAUGAAGUCUUUGGUGACAACGAUAUGUACGAUGAUUACGAUGCUAUCGGAGACGAUUACGAAGAUGCAUUCUUCUAA